GAAAGGACCAUUCGUGCAUUGACGAUUACCAAGUUUUAUAAGUUUCGUGCUUGUUCCGCCUGUUUGGAUUAUUUUUCAAUCAUGUAUAGUGUAACGAUCAUUACAUUGGGACUGAUUAUGUCGGGUCAAUGCCAAUAUCAACAGCAACAGAAGCAACGGGACCAAGAACUUUACCCAACAGCACCUCCACCUCAAAUUCUGACUCACAAACAGGCGCUCAACCACGAUGGCAAUUUUAAGUACCUCUUCACUUCCGAAAAUGGCCUUGCACAAGGAGAAAGUAUUGCUCCUGAUGGUUCUAGAAAUGGUGGAUACAGUUAUGUAGACCCAAAUGGUAGAAAAAUUUCAGUCAAAUACACUGCUGGCAAAGAAGGCUUCAGAAUAUUGGAGGCUGAUCAUUUACCUAAAGCUCCGCAGCCAGUGGCACCGGUUCCAGCGGCACCCGCGCCUCAACAAGCGCAAGCUUAUACCCAAGCUCAACCCCAAACAUACGAUGACGGCCACUAUAAGCCCCAACGUUACAACCCGGCACCUCAACAAACAUACACGAGGCCAGUGUAUCAAAACCAAGCUUACACACAGCCUAAACCUACAUAUUCUCAAUUGAGGGCCCAACCUGACCCAAUUUCAAAUUCACUAAAUGAAAAAGAGCCAGAAUAUAAUGACGAACCCGGUAAACCUUAUAGUUUUGGCAAUGGUUACAUUUUUGAAUUUGGAGGUUAAAUCUUAACCUGGGAUAUAUUAUGUGAUUAUAUGACUGAAUUCAAAAAAUAUUUUUUAGAUGUUAACUAUACAUAUUUCGCAGCUGCAUAGCAUAGACACAAUUCAUUAAGAACUUCUGAAAAAUGUUCUCUAUUACUGUGAUUUACAAAUAUAUGUCAAUUGUGUAAUAAUAAUUGUGACUAUGAAAAUCUGCUUACACACAAAUUAGUUUCUCUAUAAAUGAAGAAUUUAUAGUUUCAUUGAUCUUCAUUUUUUACUUUGACAUUCUUAUAUUGCCAACAUGAUAUCACACUGUGUG